AAAUCGCAUAGGAUUUAAACGCGGCUGACAACGCCCUUCGACUAAGCCCUGCGAUACUUGUGUCGAUCUUCCUGUCAGCAAGGAAACUAAGGAAGUAAUCUACAUUGCUGCGCCUGAACUCCAAUCUGACGACUCUACGGGCCUUUCCGCGACCUGCUAGAAUACGGUGAUCCGAAAGACGGUUGUAAACAAGAGCAAUUGGCUCGACCAGGAGUAAACACUCUACCUCAAUGGUGACUCUGACCCCCAACAUUAAUAUUCAAUGUUCACCCGUGGAGGCGUGCUAUGCUUUGAAAUUUAAAUACUAACCUAUACAGCGGCCCCUGUUCCGCAUCUGGGCUCAACCGACGACGUUGAGCACACCCAGAACAUACCUCCCAUCAAUACUUCACUGCUCCAAUGCGUAUUUAAAAGGCAGAAUGGCCUCAACAGACACUCAGCUAAGCCUCAACCCUCAUCAUCACGUAGUCAAAAUUGAAGGCGCCCGCGAAGGCAGCGAAAGCCAUGGCGAAGAUCUCAUCGCCCAGCUAAAGGCCAUUCCCUCCGAUGUCACAGCGCUCCGGAUCGAAGAGGAAACCCCAUCAAACAAGGAAUGGGCCAUCCUCGGCUCACAUUUCACCAACAUCCAGUCCUUGGAAUUAGACAGCGGAUAUAACGAGGAUCUUAAUGACAAAGAAUUGCCUCUGCAUUGGCCCCUCAAGCGGUGCAAACUCCUCAGUGCCUGCGGGGAAGUCACUCGAACUCCGCAUAUACGGCAAGGCCGCGUGAGCCAUCUCAUCCUGUUGCUUACCUCCGGUAUCCGCUUCGAAGGACCCACGUCGAGCGAGUUGAGCAAAGCACAUUCCCAGGCGAUUGCCCGGGGCGAAGCAAAGGCCGAUUACAUCACUGUGGAAGAGGGCACUCCUGAGGAAAGGCAGAUCCAAAUCACAUGGAUCCCCGAGCUGGCCGGUAAAUGGAUGAAUAACAAAUACAAGGGCAAGACAGAGCACCAGUUAGAAGAAGAGAACCGCCCACCGCCAACGAUCAAUCUGCGAACGCUAGAGAUUCUAGAAAACGAUGCUAUCGAUACCCUCUGCCGAAUGACCCUCGCAUUACCUCAUCUUAUCGGGAACCUGACGUCGCUAAAUCUCCGCUCAACGCUUUGCCUCGACUUCCGAUUUUUACACGAAAGCAUGAUCCAGCAUCUUCUACCACAACUUUCCGGACUGGAGACGCUAAAGCUAUCCAUCGGCGAGGUCUUCACCGACGAGUCCCGUCUACUUACAUUAUACCAAUGGCUUCCACCAAACAUAUCGACCCUCCGAUUUCGAGGCCCAGCAUCCCUGGCCAAAUCCCCAGAAUGGGACAAUUGGGUCCAGGCCUUCGCUGAGCGCGAUUUUCUCCCCAAUCUCGAGCGACUCUCCUUUGUCUUAGACCUUCACUACGAACCAAGUGAUGACUCUGGUCGCAGCAAAAAACUGAAAACAAUCCCCGAGCACACCCUCCACGAAGCCCGUGCAGCAUGCGAGCCCCUCUACGAAGCCGUCCGAAACCGCGGGAUCGUCAUCGAACGUCUCUACGACGAAUGGUCAGACGAGUGCCAGAUUCUGAGACAAGUCGACGAUCGGUGGCUAUGUUGACCCAUGGGUACCACCUAACAAACGCCCCCUGUAC